GGGGGUCUGAGUGGCUCGCGGCUGCUGCUUCCAGACAAGCUACCAGAAACAAACCUCAGCGGGGCUUUAGUUUAGUUUAGCCAGCCGCUGUGUGAAAACGGAGACAGGAGACGACUCUGGUCGGUGGCACUAGCGCACGUCUGAAUGUGUGCAGGUAAAGUAGUGCGCGCUUUGCACUGACUCGAGCCUUUUAUGCAACCCGCCCUGCUCACCAGGCACAACGAUGUCCGAGGCUGCUAGCGCUACUGCUACAGACAACAACGGAGACUCCGGGCUAAACGGGUCCUGGGUGGAGUUAGAGAUGAACAGAGGCACAGCCGGAUCAGCCCAGCCACCCUCCACAGACGGGCCGGCCCCAGGCCUGCUGCCCCUCCCUCAGGUGGAAGAGGAGGAGGCCAUGGUGGGGGGACUGGAGCACGUCCCGUCCUCGUCCUCGAUCCACAAUGGAGACAUGGAGAAGAUCCUGCUGGAUGCCCAGCACGAGUCGAGCCGCAGCAACUCCUCCUGCGACAGCCCCCCGCGGCCCCACAGUCCCCAGGAUGAUGGACAGAUCAUCUUUGACGUGGACGUGAGCGGCAGAAGAGACAGCCAAUCAGAAGAGGACGUCUUGGACAAGGAGAGGGACAUGGACAUCCUGAUGAAGGACGCAGAUUGGGUUGCUGACUGGUCUAGUCGACCGGAAAACAUUCCCCCGAAGGAGUUUCAUUUCCGUCACCCUCGACGCUCAGUAACACUCAGCAUGAGGAAGACCGGGGCCAUGAAGAAAGGAGGCAUCUUCUCCGCCGAGUUCCUCAAGGUCUUCAUCCCCUCGCUGCUACUAUCUCACAUCCUGGCUCUGGGGCUGGGAGUCUACAUCGGAAAGAGGUUGACCACGCCACCCGCCAGCUCUUUCUGAACCCGAACCUGAAGAAAAGUGCCUGAGAAGUGGCCACGAGUUGUUGGAGAAAGUUUUGCUGUCGUGAGAAGAACGCCCGUCUCUCCUCCCUCUGUCCCGCCUGUCCCCCCCCCUCCUCCCCUCGUCCCUGAGAUAUGACAUGUUCUCAGGAGAAAUGCAUCUGCCUUUCCCUCUAUCUCUCCCUUCCUUCGUCCGCCCCCUUUUUUUCUUGAUCGCUGUUCUCCGAGUGUCUGUAGAUAUCCCCUCUCUGUCCCCUCAUAUCCUUCACUCAUUUGUAUAAGCUUUUCGAAGAAUGAAUAAGGUCAUAUUUCCCUUUCCUCAGUGUUUGGGUUUCAGUGUUUAUAACGGGUGGGUUUGCAGGGAGGGUCACGGCAUCAAACCAAACUCUUGCCCUUUGAUCAUCUGACAACAAGUUUUAGAGCCGACCGCAGAUUGUGCCACCUACACGAGUAGCCCAGCACUCGAUCUCGAAAGGGUUCGACCAAAUUCAGAGUCGGCUACGCGAACUGAAAACGUGAUCAUGCCUUUUUGAAAGUAGCCAUUUUUGUUCAUUUUCUUUAGGCUUUUUUUAUUUAUUUUUUUCAACAGUGGUGGUUUAUUGAAAAGUUCUAAUGAUGCGAGGAGUUACCAUAGUGGCCAUCUCAAACCACAAGCACUCGUGAAUUGCACUGGGGGGAGUCUCUGGCUCUGUGUGCCAGACGAGAGAGAUUUAUGUGACUUUUUCUGUGAUGGAAACUAGGAAUUCUAUUCAAUUCUGCAUCUGAAUGAAUAUUUCUGCAAAGUGACAAUAACUGGAAACCAGGGUGUGGAUGUGUGUUGUGCAGGCAGCGUAGUCCCUCUCAGCGCGUACGCAAACAGUAUUUUGUGGUUGGGUCUCGGGACCUGCGCUGUACGGUCUAGAAAGGUUCAGUCGUCUGUCCAAAUGGACGGUGUCCACGUUGUCCUUCCAGUGAGCCUUCUGGUUUGUCCAUAACAUAUCCUAGAGCUGCUUUGGUCCUGACCGGUCAGUUCCCACUUACUCUAACUCCAAACUGGGCUGGCUAUUACAUGGGACUCUUAUUGUUUCAUAUUUUUAUAGAUUUUAAGUAAUCAAAAAGCGCCAGGUACCAGAACACCAGAUUUAAAAGAGAACUUGUUUUGUUACCAUUUGUUUGAGAACUCCUUAUUUUUUAAAAAAAAUGAGAUAUUUCAUCAAAGAUAAAGUAUGAAACUUGAAACUUUUAAGAUAUUGGUUGUCUUAGGUGAAUUUUGUUUUAAAGCCGCUAUCUUUGAGAAAAAUGUCCAGUGGUAGCCAGCCCUGCCUUCUAACACUCCAACAACAUUUUGCCAAAAUUUCCACAAAAUAAAUAUUUCACGAAUCUGCAGAUGACGGAAUCUGAUUCCAGGGUCAGUCCGGGUCAGCCUUAGUGUGGACAAGCAGAAGGUAGCAGGUUGACAUUCGCUGGAGUGACACUGCAGACGUGAAGCAGCUUCUAAUCGAGUGAAGGGAAGUUUGUUUUUACAAGGCUCUACUUUUUGUGUGAACACAGGUACUUGGCUAGCAUGUUCAGUAAGGUAUCGGCUACACUGCAGUAUCUCUGAGGCUAGACCGUGGUCAGUUUCGUCCCUGUGGACCUUCCAUGGCUAGGCCUGGGUCAAAUAAUAUUUGAUUUUGAAAUAUGCCAGAUCCCAAGAAGUUAUUCUUUUUUUCUGCGGGACAUACAAGGAUAUCUUUUGGAGCACACUCAUUCCAGCCAGAAGUAAAUAAUACCUUUUAAAGAUCUGGUAUUUCAGUUAAAUAAACUUCAGUUUUUCUUCCACUAACUGGUUGGUUGCUGACUACAUUGUUGACACGUGUUUUGACAUAUAGGAUGACACAAUGAGUUCCAGUUUUAAAUGUGAACAUCAUACUACCUAUAUGUGACAUUUUUGACAGAAAAAGACAAUAAGACAGAUAUGGAUGUCUCUUUGUUGCCUUUUCAACAAAGCCUCUCCAUGAAAUAAUUGAGCUGCAGAUACUAUUUAACCCAGCAGGACGUGUUAUCUUUUUGUUUUACCUCUUAUGACAGACUCAUGAACUACCAGCAGAGACUGUUGUCUCAACCACAGAGGUACUGCGUUGUUGUUUAGUGCGACAUACGUGUCUCUGCCUGUGUGUGCGUACAGCGACAUUUCAGAUUGUUCUUUCCUGUUUUGUUUCGAGUCGUCUGUUUUGUUUGUUUGUUUUUUCCUGAUGUUGCAGAAAGAUUGUGAACGCACAGAGCAAGUUAGAAAGUGUGAAAAUAAAACCCCCUAUUGUUGAUGGCAGGGCCUAAUGUGAAUAGGAAAUGGAAGGUGUGGAAAGAGAUUUCCCUCAGACUGCGAUGGUCUAACAGUAGUUAUUGUAAUGAUGCAUUUGCUUUGAUUUUCUUUUUCCCACUACAUUGGAAAAAAUGAUAAACAUUUUGUCAUUAAAGAUUACCUGAAUGAA